AUGAAAUCUGGAGCUUCAAAUCCGGUGGUCCUCUAUUGGCACAGGACCGAUUUGCGUCUUCAUGAUUCCCCAGCUUUACAGGCCGCUUUGGCCUUGAACCCAUCAGUGUUCAUUCCAAUCUGGACGUGGGAUCAGCAUUACGUCUACAAGGCACGAGUUGGGCCAAAUAGGUGGAAAUUUCUGCUCGAAUGCCAAAGUGAUUUGUCCAAGGCAUAUACAAACAUCAACCCAAAGCAAAAGCUGCACGUUGUACGUGAGGGGCCACAGACUAUCCUACCUAAGCUCUGGGAUCAUUGGGGUGUCACGCAUCUCGUUUUUGAAAAGGAUACAGAUGCGUAUGCUCGAGAGCGAGAUAAUGCGGUCAUGGACAUGGCCGAGAAGGCUGGCGUUGAGGUGAUUGUCAAGAUGGGCAGGACUCUGUUUGACCCAGACGAAAUUGUUCGAAAGAACAAUGGCAAGCCGACGAUCAGUGUUACGCAACUAGAGAAGGCUGCCAUGAAAAUCAACAACGGCAACCCUGAUAAGCCACUCGAUCCCCCCAAGAGUAUCCCUGAUCCUUGGGGCAAGGAGCGUAUGGAUUUGAGCGGUAUCAAACAAGACCCUGUUGAUAGCCAGCCGGACUUGAAUGCGGAACACCGCACCAAAAAGGAUGAACAGUAUUCCAAUCUUAUGGGUCCCACCAAGGACUUUGCUGUUCCUUGGCAAGACAUUGGGAUUGAUCUUUCCCAAGCAACAACCCCGCACCGAGGAGGUGAACAAGAGGCGUUGAGAAUACUGAGAGAAUGUAUCAAAAAUGAGGAUUAUAUCGGAACAUUUGAGAAGCCCAAUACGUCACCAGCAGAUUUCGAGCCCCAAUCGACCACAUUAUUAUCCCCUCAUCUUCAUUUCGGCUCGCUAUCAAUUCGAAAGUUCUGGUGGGACGUACAAGAAGUAUUUGAGAAACGACGCAAGGCCAAAAAGCCAGUCCCUGGUGUACCAACCAAUCUCCCGGGCCAGUUGCUGUUCCGUGAUAUGUACUUUGCUGCGCAGGCACCUCUUGGAAACGCGUUUUCCCGCACUUAUGGGAAUAAUAUUGCCAGGUUCAUUGAUUGGCAUCUACAAACCAAACCUCCCGGUCCGGAUGGAUCGUUCGAUGGCUCCUAUGAAGUGGACUCGGCGGAGGCGGAGGAAUGGUUCCAACGUUGGAGCGAGGGUCGCACUGGAUUUCCAUGGAUCGAUGCUCUGAUGCGCCAGUUAAGACAGGAAGGCUGGAUACAUCAUCUCGGAAGACACAGCGUUGCUUGUUUUCUAACUCGAGGCGGGUGCUAUGUCUCAUGGGAGCGAGGUGCAGAAGUUUUCGAAGAACUUUUGAUUGACCACGAAACCGCAUGUAAUGUGGGAAACUGGAUGUGGCUUUCCUGCACGGCAUUCUUCGCGCAGUUCUACCGCUGCUACUCUCCCAUUGCAUUCGGGAAGAAGUGGGAUCCAGAAGGCGCCCUUAUCAGAAGAUACUGUCCCGAGCUGGCCAAGUUUGACAAGAAGCAUAUCUACGAGCCCUGGAAGGCGCCUAUCGCAGAUCAGAAGAAAUGGGGGUGCAGAAUCACUGGGGAUGGAAGUCCAUCCUCUCGCUCUGAGGAUGCUGAACACACAUAUCCUAAGCCGAUGUUUGACUUCAACGAGCGAAGAGACAUCUGCCUGAAUGGCAUGAAGCAUGCAUAUAGUGUUGGACUCCACGGCAAUGACAGCAAGGUCAAAGAUGGGUCUUGGAAGAAAGAAUUUGGAAAGGAUGGAAAGGACGACGGAGGCAACAGGUCGAUCAAAAGACAGAAGACUUAA